UGCGGCAGUAGCCGUCAAACAGUCCAGGCGGCCGCGCACCGGCCUCCGCUCACGCUCCCUGUCAUCGCCGUCACUGCGCGUAAAGUUGGUUCCGCAGCGCAGAGCAGCGCAGCGCAGCGCACCGGGCGCCGGGACGCACGCACCGCUUUCACAGCGCUCUCCCACUGUGAAUUGUCGGAGGCACGUCACGAUGGACGUCUCUUCUCUUCCCACGUCCUGUCACUUUACGACGAAGCCUACAGACAAACCCUGCAUAACUAGCUAACAAUAUAUAUUUACCCUCCUAUUAGCACUUUUUUCUCGUUGUCUACAUUUAUUUUAAAAUACACACUACCUCAAAAGUCCCUGUCGAAACACUACGAAUCAAUAAGAUCAAGGAACGUAUAGUCUGCUAAUGGAUGCAACUACGCUAGCAAGCAUGGCCGCCGCCACCGCCGGGGCACUGGCCUCCGGGUCGGACAUGUCCAGCUACCUGUGGCUGCUGGUGUUGGGCUUCGUCAUAGCGUUCGUCCUGGCCUUCUCCGUGGGCGCCAACGACGUGGCCAACUCCUUCGGCACGGCGGUGGGCUCCGGGGUCGUGACCUUGCAGCAGGCCUGCGUGCUGGCCAGCGUCUUCGAGACGGUGGGCUCGGUGCUGCUGGGGGCCAAGGUCAGCGAGACCAUCCGGCAGGGCAUCAUCGACGUGCGCAUGUACAACGGCUCCGAACACGUCCUGAUGGCGGGCUCCGUCAGCGCCAUGUGCGGAUCCGCUGUGUGGCAGCUGGCGGCGUCAUUCCUAAAGCUCCCUAUUUCCGGAACCCACUGCAUCGUUGGAGCCACGAUUGGUUACUCCAUGGUGGCCAGAGGUCACCAAGGGGUCAAAUGGAUGGAGCUCCUCCGCAUUGUGGCGUCCUGGUUCCUGUCACCUGUGCUGUCGGGCAUCAUGUCCGGAAUCCUCUUCUACUUCGUCCGCAGAUUCAUUCUGAACAAGGCCGACCCCGUACCCAAUGGCCUCAGGGUGCUUCCGGUCUUCUACGCCGUCACCAUGGGCAUCAAUCUCUUUUCCAUCAUGUUCACUGGAGCGCCGUUGCUGGGUUUUGACAGGGUGCCGUGGUGGGGUACACUGUGCAUCACCAUAGGCUGCGCCUCGGUCACAGCCCUGAUUGUUUGGUUUGUUGUCUGUCCACGCCUCAAGAAGAAGAUCCAGCGAGACACAGCGGCGGCUCCCUGUCAGACUCCGCUAGUGGAGACCACCUCCAGGAAAGCUGCAGCAGCAGAGCAGCCCCCCAGACCUGGCAGCCCCCCCCCCACGGCGCCGGCAGACGCCCAGAAGGUGGCGUUCAGGCUCGGAGGCUCGGAGGAAGCUGACCUGGACAACAACGAGAUGGAGACCAAAGACAUGGACAUCAGCAGCGGUAAGGAACGACCUUGGAACGACCUUUAUUUGACCUUUGACGUUCUCGAGGAUGAUUUCACAGCGAGUCGGACUCGCCUUGCAGGUCUAAACGGCACCGUGGGCCCCAUGGUGAUCACUGACCCGCACAGCGGACGCUCCCACACCAUCCACAAGGACUCGGGCCUCUAUAAAGACCUGCUGCACAAGCUCCACAUGGCCAAGGUCGGCGACUGCAUCGGCGACAGCGACACCGAGGAGCGGCCCAUCCGCAGGAACAACAGCUACACGUCCUACACAAUGGCCAUCUACGGCAUCCAGGCCGACCCGAAGCACAGAGACCCGGAUGGGGCUCCGCAGCGGCGCCCGAGGGCCGACAGCCUCAGCAGCUGCAGCUCGGCGGCCGCCAGCGACAGCACCUUCCACGACUGCAGCGGCGGCCCGGAGGCCGGCGGGGGCGGGGGCGGGGGCGGGGGCGCCGACCCGGAGGAGGACGAGCUGGAGGUGGACCCGCCGGCCGUCUCCACGCUCUUCCAGUUCCUGCAGAUCCUCACCGCGUGCUUCGGCUCCUUCGCCCACGGCGGGAACGACGUCAGCAACGCCAUUGGCCCCUUGGUGGCUCUGUGGCUGCUGUAUGAGAGCGGCUCUGUGGUGUCCUCCGCCCCCACGCCCAUCUGGCUGCUUCUGUUCGGCGGAGUGGGCAUCUGCACCGGCCUCUGGGUCUGGGGCAGGAGAGUGAUCCAAACCAUGGGCAAAGACCUGACCCCCAUCACACCCUCCAGUGGAUUCAGCAUCGAGCUGGCUUCAGCGGUCACCGUCGUCGUGGCGUCCAACAUCGGGCUUCCUGUCAGCACGACCCACUGCAAGGUGGGAUCCGUGGUGGCUGUGGGGUGGCUGCGCUCCAGGAAAUCUGUGGACUGGCAUCUGUUCAGGAACAUCUUCAUCGCCUGGUUCGUCACCGUUCCCAUCUCGGGGUUGAUCAGCGCCGCCAUCAUGGCUCUCUUCAUAUAUGUGAUUCUCUGAGUCUCCGGCUGUGACAGACUGAUCCUGUACUGUACUGUUCACUCAUUAAUUCAGUUUGUUCUCAAUGCGUUUAAUGACGAGGGCAGUUGUAACAUCUCACAGGACCGUGUGCAUAAUUGAUUUAGGAUCUAAAAGCACUGUUAAAUAUCCAGAGGUCUGUGAGCCUACAGUAUAUAUCUCUAUGUAUAUUUGUAUAAAUACAAUAUGUAUCGGAAUCAAAUGUUUCAAAUUUGACUGAAAAAGAACAACCGACUCUUUUGUUAUCUGUUUGUGUGUAUUUGCAUUUAAUAAAACUUUUUAAUCAGA